AUGAGCAUUACCGUGCACAAUAGUCUGAAGGACAGGGUGAUUGGGGCACAAGUAGAAGCAAACAAGAAGGAGAAUGUUGACAGGGAAGGAUUGGGAGGUGUGAUAGAACAGUUCACUCGAAGAGAUGAUGGAGGACUGUACUUUUGUGAUCGAUUGUGGAUACCAUUGUAUGGAGGACUAAGGAAGCUGAUAAUGGACGAAGCACACAAGGCAGGAUAUUCUGUCCACCCAGGGAUAGAUACGAUGUAUCAAGACUUGCGAGAUUUAUUUUGGUGGCCAGGAAUGAAGAACGACGUGACGGUUUAUGUGAGCAAGUGUCUAACGUGCUUGAAGGUUAAGGCAGAACAUAAGAAGCUAGGAGGACUGUUAACACAACCAGAGCUUCCCACCUACCAUCCGCAGUCAGACGGACAGAGUCAGAGAACGAUUCACACACUAGAAGAUAUGCUAAGAGCUUAUGUCAUAGACUUCGGAGGAAGUUGGGAUACUUACCUCCCAUUAGUCGAAUUCUCAUAUAAUAACAGCUAUCACGCAAGUAUUGGAUGUCCACCUUAUGAAGUCUUGUAUGGAAGGAAAUGUCGAUCCUCGCUUGCAUGGCACAGAGUGGGAGACAUGCAACUAAUAGGUCCAGAGAUCAUCCUCGAAACUACCAAAAGAGUUGCUCCGAUCAAGGAGAAUCUUCUAAAAGCAAGAGACAGACAAAAGAAAUAA